ACAUGUUUGGGGGUGGGUUUGUUGUUGUCGUCCUGCUAGCUUGCUGCCGUGGCGGGGAUGGCGGGGCUCUCAGGGCGAGAGCGAGAAGGAUGUGAGAAAAUUCUCCAUUUGCUGUCCAAGGCUGAUAUACUUUCGCUGAGCGACACCGUUACGAACAAGAUGAUAGUGGUGGAAAACGUUACAGAGGCUGCAGAGGCCAUCCUGUCCUUCACUAAAAAUGGGGAGGAGCUGCUGAGGAGGAAGAAGGUGCACCGCGACGUCAUAUUUAAGUACCUGGCCAAAGAAGGGGUGAAGUUGCCCCCCAGCAGUGAGAAGCACCAGCUGGUGAGGAGGACGCUGCAGCUCUGGUCAAACGGAGAGGCCUUAGCCGAGGACCGCAGCAAUCACAGCAGACAGACGCCGCUGCCCAGCACGGCCCAGGAGUUUGCCGACGUGAAGAACGACUCCACCUUUGACUUUUUGGCCCUCGGCCAGCAGUUCUGCAUUUGGUUCUUCCAGCUGCUGAACAGUCAGAACCCCGCGCUGGGCCAGCAGCCCCAGGACUGGGGGCCACAGCACUUCUGGCCAGAUGUGAAGCUGCGCCUCAUUGCCAGAGCGGGCAGCGAGCAGAUGGAGGAGUUUGUGGGGGCGGAUCUAGUGAGCCGUCGCCUCCUGGCCUUGACCAAGGAGGAGCUCCUCCUCCUCAGCCCCAACCUGGACUCUCACGGACUCAACGUGCUGGCGUCCCCGCACGGCCUGGUGCUGGUGGCGGUGGCCGGCACCAUCCACCGGGACGCCGCCUGCCUGGGAAUAUUCGAGCAGAUCUUUGGACUCAUCCGCUCGCCCUUGGACAAUAACAGCUGGAAGAUCCGCAGCCUCAACCUGAAGAUCCGAGGUCAGGACGCCCUGGGGGGAAUGCAGACCACGGCGCCCGCCCUCAGUUACAACACCAGCGAGCUGCACUCGCUCUGCACCUUGUAGCGCUCUCUGCUCCCUGGGAGAUCCUUCUUUACCCAGCAUGCAUCGCCGACGUCCCAAAGCAGCCUCGUCUGACUUCCUUGUGAACGAUAUCACGCUGUGGGACACCUGUGCCUUCAGUAUCGCCUGCUGCGUGCAGACAUGUAGAUAUGUAUCAUGUAGAUAUGUAACAUAGCAAAUAAAGAUAUUAUAUUGACACUUUA